AUUUUUUGUAUAUUUAUUAUUGAACAGGUUUAUUCUUUUGCACAUAUUGUUAUAUUGUUUGUAUUAUCAUUGUUUAAAUAAAUGUGGGGAUGGGGCACUAUCAGUAAAACUCGCCUAGGGCACCAAAUGGUCUAGGACCGCCCCUGUCCCCUUGUAUGACGUAACACAGACAAACAGGAAACUCCACAUUUUAGUCCUCCUCUUCCUCCUUCCUACGAAGACUCAGAUUAUGAGAGAUAAACAGUAAGUUUCACAACAGAACCACAACAUCCACCGAGGAAAGCUGCAGGAAGGAAACACUGGAUUUACUGGAAUACUGAAUACUUCAACCUGCUGCUGAGUUCACUGAGUGAACUGAAGACUCAAAGUGAAAGUAACUUUCAAGGUGACCGACUUCCUGUCUGCUCGCUCCGUUUUCAGCUUCACUCAGAGACAAAAUGUCUUCCCGAUCAGAGGAGGAUCUCUCCUGUCCUGUCUGCCAUGACAUAUUUAAAGACCCUGUUGUUCUGUCAUGCAGCCACAGCUUCUGUAAAGACUGUCUGCAGACAUGGUGGAGAGGGAAACAAAGACGUACAUGUCCGUGCUGUAAGACCAGCCAGACAAAUAGUGAUCCACCCCGCAACCUGGUGUUAAAGAACCUGUGUGAGGCCUUCUUACUGGAGAGAGAUCAGAGACGUUCAGCAGGAUCUGAGGCUCUCUGCAGUCUGCACUCUGAGAAACUCAAACUCUUCUGUCUGGAGCAUCAGCAGCUAGUGUGUCUCGUCUGCAGAGAUUCAAAAAUACACAACAACCACAGUUUCAGACCCAUCGAUGAAGCUACACAGGAUCACAGAGAGGAACUCAAGAAAAUCCUGAAGCCCUUUAAAGAGAAAGUGAAACUGUUUGAACAAGUUAAAGCAAACUGUGAUCAAACAGCAGAACACAUUAAGGUUCAGGCUGAACACACAGAGAGGCAGAUUAAGGAGCAGUUUAAGAAGCUUCAUCAGUUUCUACGAGAGGAAGAGGAGGCCAGGAUCAUUGCUCUGAGGAAGGAAGAGAAGCAGAAGAGUCAGAAGAUGAAGGAGCAGAUGGAGGCUCUGAGCAGAGAGAUAGCAGCUCUUUCAGGCACAGUCAGAGCCACAGAGGAGGAGCUGAGAGCUGAAGACGUCUCAUUCCUGCAGAACUACAAGGCUGCAGUGAAAAGAGUCCAGCAGCGCCCCCUGCUGGAGGAUCCACAGCUGGUCUCAGGAGCUCUGAUAGACGUGGCCAAACACCUGGGCAACCUGACCUUCAACAUCUGGAACAAGAUGAAGGAGAUGGUCUCCUACACUCCUGUGAUUCUGGAUCCAAACACUGCCGACCCAGAACUCAUCCUGUCUGAAGAUCUGAUCAGUGUGAGAUAUGGAGAGAAGCAGAGGCUUCCUCAAAACCCGAAGAGGACCAAAUUCUCCUGCUCCGUCCACAGCUCUGAGGGCUUUAACUCAGGGGCUCACAGCUGGGAUGUCGAGGUUGGAGACAACAAGGACUGGGAGCUCGGCAUGUUGGGAGAAUACAUCAAGACCGACGGACGCCUCCAGUCUGGAUUGUGGAGGAUUUUGUUCUCUAACGGUAAAUUCACAGUGUUCUCCACAUCCAAACCAGAGAGAGAUCUGACGGUGAAGACGAAGCUCCAGAGGAUCCGAGUUCAUCUGGACUUUGACAAAGGAAAACUGUCGUUCUCUGAUCUUGAUACUGACACACACAUACACACCUUCACACACACCUUCACAGACACCCUGUUUCCGUACAUUUACACUGAGAGUCGUGUCCCGCUGAAGAUUUUACCAGUGAAGGUUUCUGUGACGGUGGAAAAGGUCCAAUAGAGAUUAUUAUGAUGAAGAUGAUCUGUCACAGUGAUCGUUUAUUAAGGUAUCUUUUAUUGAUUAAUAUCUCUGGUUGCAUUAGACCUCUGUGUAUAAAUGAGAAUGGGCUGUUUUAUGUUGGAUUUACAGGAUUAAUGCAUCAGUGUGAUGGAGUAUUCUGAUUUAAUUCUUAUUAUUAAGCUAAUAAAACUACUGGGAUGUCAGGAUAUAUUGGUAUGGAACGAUGGGAAGUCUGGAUAAGGACGCAUCGUAAUGUACACGUACACAUUGUAGUUAUUAAAAGCAUCAGAAACGUAUAGGAGAAAAUUAACCAUGCUUUUUAAUGCUUUUACACAGUUUUAUCUAUAGUUUCUUAAAUAAGUUUCCAAGUAAAUUACUAUGUAUUUAGUAGGUAUUAUAUAUCGUGAUGAAGGAUUUAAAUAUUUAAUCUUUAUAAUAAUCAAACUGACUCAACAUGAACAAAAUUAUGAAUCUGACCAGACAAAGGUCGAUAUUUUAAAAUACACCCAGCUGAUACCUUAAUCCUCGUCAGGAGCAGUGCCUAAAAUGAGUCACCAUUACUGAGUACCACCACAUCUGAUGAGCACGGCCCACCACUGAGGUCAAAGGAAUUUAUUCCAAGGGAUAAACAAUAAUUACGUCUAAUAAAUGUCUGAAAAUAAAACAUUUGAUGCUUUAAUGCGAGGAAAAGUUCAGUUAUUUGGACUUCUGUGCUCAGUAAUGCUGGUGAGGUUCUCCUGAACCACUUUGUUACAGUGUCUUUGUGUAAAUACAGCUAUCUUAACGCUAAAAACCCGCACUGAAAAUAUCCUUAUUAAAAAAGAUAACAGAUGUGCUGAAUUGGGAUACUGGAACCUGGUUAAAGGUGACAGUGCUUGGACUCGACAGGGCUUUAUUUUCUCCCAAGAUAUGAGAUUUGAUUUAUAUUAUAUUAAGUAUGUUUAUUCAGUUAAUGUUAAUUAACUUUACAUUUCUUUUGGAAUAAGUGUUUGGUUGUUUUUUUUGUUAUUUGUAGUUUAUGUAUUAGUGUUAUUGUUAGUCUCCCCCUGUGUGUCAAAGCUGGUCUGAUCAGCCAGUAGUAAGUCCCCUUUGUUUGUCUUAUGGUAGGUCAGUUGCAUUUUUGAGUUGGUUAUGUUCAGAGCUUAAGUUUGGUUUGUUUGUUUGUUAGACCUCUGUAAGGGCCCAAACUUUAUCUUUAUUUUGUUGUAUUGAUUAUUUUUGGGUAAAAUAAAACCCCUUUUUGGAAAUUC